AUGGUUCAGAUUAUUCGCAGCUUGACGAAGUUAAGAGAAUGGCGUUUGGCUCAAACACUUGCCCGGAGAAAGGUUGGGUUUGUACCCACAAUGGGUGCUCUUCAUGCUGGCCACAUCGAUCUGAUUCGUCAGUCGAUGGCCGCUACCCCCGCGACGGUGAUCUCCAUCUUUGUCAAUCCAAGUCAAUUCGCGCCCCACGAAGACCUGAGCAAGUAUCCUCGGUCUUUCGAAAAAGAUAUUGCGGAGAUCACUGAGGUUUCUCGAUCUGCUCGCCCCGAGGUUGAGCCUGUGGUUUUCAUGCCGGAAGUUGACGAGAUGUAUCCUUCUGGUAUUGAGCUCGAUCGCACAAAACAGGUGGGUGCAUUUGUCGAGGUAUUAGGCCUGUCGCAUCAGCUUGAAGGCCUAGUCAGACCUCACUUCUUUCGGGGAGUUGCAACAGUAGUGUCGAAACUGUUCAAUGCCAUUCAGCCCGACGUAGCCUUCUUUGGCCAGAAAGAUAUUCAGCAGGUCUCAGUAGUCCGUCGCAUGGUCAAAGAUCUCCUCUUCCCAAUUGAGAUCGUCAUGGGCAAAACCGCCAGAGAAAAAUCAGGGUUGGCCAUGAGCUCGCGAAACCAGUACCUUGAUCCAGAAACUCGACAGAAGGCUACUGUUCUUUAUAGAGCACUCAAAAAUGCCGAAAAUGAGUACAACGCUGGAGAGACAAGCUCAAAAGUCCUCGUCGACAUCGUGAAGAAGACUUUGUCGGCCGAGCCUGUCGUUAAAAACAUCGAAUAUGUCGAGAUCACUGACCUGGAAAGCUUGAGUCCUCAGGAAAACGCUCGUCCAGGCUCAGUUCUGAGUGCUGCCAUUGCACUCAACUCUGCGGCUGGAACGCCCCUUCGCAUUUUAGAUAACAUCAUUCUGUAA